AUGACGGUCCUCAAACGGACGUUCAAGGUGCAGAACGAAGGGUUUGUCAAUGGAGUUUGGGGAACCGAGACGGUCAUUAAGAACCAGGGCAAGCAAGUCAUUCACAUCCCAGAGUGUAUCGCGAACGGGCAGUACCUUCUCCGUCCUGAGAUGAUCGCUCUACAUGGAGCCAGGACUGCUGGCGGUGCUCAGCUAUAUAUGGAAUGUGCUCAGAUUGAGGUCACUGGUGGGACUGGAGCGAAGACUCCCCAGACUUAUAGCAUCCCAGGCAUCUAUAAGGUGAGGCAGCUCAGAGAUUCUGUUGCACAAAUACUCACAUGGUUCAAGGCAAAUGACCCAGGUAUCACGAUAGAUAUCUACAACAGCAAGGGCCCAUACGUCAUUCCCGGUACGUGA